GACAGAAGGAGGGCGGUUUGAAAGCAAAGAGGUAACUUCUGUCAACAUGUUCAAAAUAAACCAAAUUACCUGAGAAGACUGAAGUGAGCGUUCACUGUCAGUAAGAUACCUUAUCUACAACGUAUCCGAGACCAGUCUUUAAUGUAUUUUUGGCGUCUUCACUGUACUUUUAGCUGACGUUAAAUAAACUUACGCUAGCUAAUGUUAGCUCGCGGUUAGCUGUCGCUGGUGUUUUCCCGGCUGCUGGCUGUCUCUAACUUUACUUUCCGCUUAAUGUUGACACAGUGUGCCUCAAAAUAGUGUUGUUUCUUCGCCGAAGCUUAACACAACCUGUCAAAAUGGCGAGCGUGCAUGAAAGUUUGUAUUUUAACCCCAUGAUGACGAACGGAGUGGUCCAUGCUAACGUGUUCGGUAUCAAAGACUGGGUGACUCCGUAUAAAAUCUCCGUCCUGGCGCUGCUGUACGACAUGACUGCGUCCAAAAUCUCGCUGCCAGAGAGAAGACGACUGAACAAACUCAUACUACCCUUACAGCAGGGUCCAGACCUGACUCUUGGACAGUUCCUGAAGACUGUGGAGGAGUGCUGUCCCCAGACUGCGUAUGCUGUCAAACUCAGGCUGCAUGAAAUGGCAGAUGGAGAGCUGAAAGACAUGGAGUAUUUCUUUUCCACUCUUCCCACUCCAUUCACUGCUUUUGACUCCGAGGCUUAUAAAACCAGUGUCGUGGGUCUUUUUAUGAGACACAUGCUCCUGGCCUACAACAAGCUGUCUUUCAGUCAGGUCUACAAGCUGUACAAGUCCCUGCAGCACUACUACCACAGUCACUAUGCCAAGCCCACGGAUGGGCAGGUGGGUUUGCCAGCGCUGGUCGCUGACGACUCCGACAUGGACCUCACCAGCACUGAGGAUACUGUAGGGGACAGAAUAGACAGAGAGGAGUUGGACACCCCACUGCAUGAGUCAGAGCUUCGAAAUGACAACACUCCAAGCAGAGGUCCACUGUCACAGAAACAAGCUGAAUAUUUUCUUGCAAGACAGGCCUAUCUUCUGAAGAAUGAUGAGAAUAAAGCUCUAAAGCCUGCUGCGCUACAGGAAGAGCUCAACAACAUGCUGAAGUUUAACCCAGAUUUUGCUGAGGCGCAUUAUGUAAACUACCUGAACAACAUGAGAGUCCAAGAUAUCUUCCUGUCUGCACACAGUCUCUUGCAUUAUUUUGACCGCCUCAUCUUGUCUGGAAAUGAGGGAAAGAGUAACGGGGAUGAAGGCUAUGGCCGAAGUCUCCGCUACGCUGCUCUCAACCUGGCAAGCCUGCACUGUCGCUUCGGCCACUAUCAGCAGGCUGAUCUGGCUCUACAGGAAGCUAUCCGCAUUGCCCAGGAGUCCAAUGAUCAUGUGUGCUUGCAGCACUGUCUGAGUUGGCUGUACACACUGGAACAGAUGAAGGGAUCUGACAGCACUGUGUUAACUGAGGAUUCAGUGAAAAUGGCUGCCCAUUUCUGCUUGCCAUACUUGGCAUCUCUGGGCAUUCAGUCUUUGGUCCAGCAGGGGGCAACACAGGGUAAGACAGCCCACAAACUGAUGGAUGCACUUAAGGACACGGACAUCCUGCACUGGAAACACAGUCUGUCGGAGCUGAUAGAGAUCAGCCUGGCUCAGACUACGUCCAUAUGGAGGAUGUACGGCAAGAGCACCAUGGCUCUGCAGCAGGCCCAGCUGCUUCUCAACAUGAGCAGUCUGGAGCCAGUCAACUUUGGGGUCCAGCAGAACAACACAGAGGCGUUUGCAGUGGCUCUGUGCCACCUGGCCGAGCUGCACGCUGAGCAGGGCCUGUACUGUGCAGUUUCAGAGAUUCUCCAGCAUCUGAGAGAACAGUUUCCUCCUCACACACAGCAUGCCAAGCUCUGGAUGCUGUGCGAUCUGAAAAUCCAGUUUGACAGAUAUAUGAAUAAAGGGAAAUACCAUUUGGCAGAGCCGCUAGUCACAGCAAUCUCUGCUUUAAACAAAACAGAAGGUCUCUACAGGAAAGCUCAAGUUCUGAAGGCUCUCAACCGGAGCACUGAGGCUUACAGCAUCUUACAGCGGCUGCAGGCGCACUGUGAGAAGACUAAAUGUACGGAGGUGGUCAUCAAAGUUAUGCUUUCUACCGCUGAACUCCACUGGGAGUCGUCUGGCUUCUCCACAGCUCUUCCUCUCCUCCUGCAGGCCUUGGCUCUAGCUAGACAGCACCACCUACAGUCCCUGGCCUCAGAGACUAUCCUUCACCUGGCCUUCACUCAGCUGAUGUUGGGAGUUCCUGAGCGUGCUAUAAGUGUUCUGCAUGAAGCCAUUGAGCCUGUCCUGGCCCACGGAUCAGUCAUGGACAAGGGCCGAGCCCUGCUGCUGAUGGCCCGCUGUCAGAUGGCGGUGGCUGGGUUCAAGCCAAACGGACAAGGGCAAGCAGAUUUGCAUUUGGCAGCUUUGGCUGUUGACACACUAAAUGAGGCAGCAGCCUAUUUCUCCAAGCUGAACUGUAAGGAGCGGCUGCGGGAUGUCCACUACCUGCAGGCUCUGCUCCACCGCUCUCUGGGACAAACCUCACAGUGCAACAAAAGUGCCAUGCUCUUCCGACUCCUGGACCAGGAGCUGCAAUCACCAGCACCACCGGUCUCCAUGCGACUGUAACUACUUCCUUUCCAACAACAAACUGUAGUUAUUUUGGCCACUGAAAAAGACACAACACCUCCUCUAACUGCUGAGUUGAGUCACUGCUGCUCACCACUAGAUGGUGAUGAAGAUCUGUCCUGCUCUGUCAGCACUAAAGCAUUUCAUUUGUAAAUAUUUGGGCAAUUGUGAAACUCUUUGCACGCAAUGCCUGGGUAAUUAUUAAAGAGGACCAUGUCAGUCAUAAAGAAGGCUGAGUUACCGGUAGACCAAGAAUAGAUCGGUUGUUAUCACUUAUGGUCAGGUACUGAUUUGAAUGAUGGCCUGAUGAUAAACAUCACGUGUUAUUUACAACUUCACCACAGCAACAGUCCAGGUUUGUCAGAAAGACAUAACAUGACUUCCUGUGGUAGAAAUGUCAAAAGUUUAUCAGGAGCUGUCAUAGCCGCGCAGAUUUACCCACCGCUUUUUGAUGAAUGAGGGUAAUAUCACAGUUAGCUACAAGAUGAAUGUGUUCCAGUGGCCUGGAUGAUUCAUAUUUCGCCAGAAGAAUACAGAUGAAGCUGGAAUCCAGAGGAGGAAAUCGUGAUCACAUUUAUAAUGUAAUAGACCCACGAUGGCAUGACGCCAGAUACUGUAUCUGUAUUCCACUUACGUCUAACACGAUUUGUGAGAACGAUUUUUGGCUGAUAACAUUACAUUUAGGUGUCCUGACGGGCCUGUAAUCCAUUACUCGCUGCACUUCUUUCAAGAAAAUAAACGACUUGUUUCAUCUUCUUUAGUUUUCGUUCAGUCUGACAAGUAUGAGAAUAAUUAUGAGGGUAAUGUAUCUGCAGUAGGAAUAUCUCUGCAUUACA